AUGGCGGCGCCCGUCCUGCUGCGAGUGUCGGUGCCGCGCUGGGAGCGGGUGGCCCGCUCCGCCGUCUGCGCGGUCGGCAUCCUGCUCUCCCUUUACGCUUGCCACCUGGAGCGGGAGAAGGGCCGCGAUCUCCACUACCAGGCUCUGUGCGACCUCAGCGAGCGGGUCCGCUGCUCCGCCGCCAUCACCUCCAGAUGGGGUCGAGGAUUCGGUCUAUUGGGUUCCAUCUUUGGAAAGGACAGUGCAAUAAAUCAGUCAAACAGUGUUUUUGGACUCGUGUUUUAUAUACUACAAAUGCUGCUUGGUAUGACAGCAAGUGCAGUAGCAGCUCUAAUCCUCAUGACAUCCUCCAUAGUGUCUGUAGUAGGGUCAUUGUACUUGGCAUACAUUCUGUACUUCGUGCUGAAGGAAUUUUGCAUUGUCUGCGUGAUCACAUACUUGCUGAACUUCAUUCUCUUUAUCAUCAACUACAAACGACUAGUUUAUUUGAACGAGGCCUGGAAACGGCAACUCCAACCCAAACAGGAGUAACACCUGUUUGAACUUUUGACUGACAGUCUGAAGAACCAACUUCCAUUAAGU